AUCCACCAUAUUCGCAUGAAAGCUCUCACAUCCUCUCUCCCUCCCUCCCUGUGAUUUCAUUUCUCUGUCUCUCUCUCUCUCAUACGCAUUCAUUCGUCCGAUCUCUCACCUUCUUACCUGUUCCACAGACGGUUAUCGAUCAUAAUUUUGUUAUGUUAGAUCCGUUUUAUUGAUUCAAACAUCUCACAAGUUUAUUCCGUCGCUGUAGUAAGCGUAAAUUUAUUUCUGAUGUGUUUUCUCAAUCAUAUAUUACGAUUAUGAUGAGAUAUUGAGAUCAUCACUGUUUGUUUUACUCUUCUGGAUUCUCCUUUAGGUUAAAUGUUAAGGAGUUUUGGUGUUAUUUGUACUGUUUUUGAGGUAAUGUAUGGUUUUAGGUUAUUAGAGUGUUGUUGAAUUCGUUAAACUGUUGUUGAAUUCGUUAAACUGGCUAAACCGAAACCGAAACCGAAAAUGAAUUUGAGUACUGUGGAGGAGGAUGAUUACGAAUCCUCCUCAGAUCAAAUUGUUCAUAAACCGGAGGAAAUCGACUGGCAGAUGCUCGAUAAAUCCAAGUUUUUCAUCCUUGGUGCAGGACUUUUUUCCUGUGUAUCAGCUACACUUUAUCCUGUUGUGGUAUUGAAAACCAGACAACAAGUUUCAUCAUCACAUUUGUCCAGUUUUAGAACUGCGAUUUCGAUUAUUCGGUAUGAAGGUUUUCGAGGCCUGUACAGAGGCUUCGGGACAUCCUUAAUCGGUACAAUUCCAGCUCGAGCGGUUUACAUGACAGCUCUAGAGGUUACUAAAAGUAAAGUUGGCACUAGUACUGUUAAACUAGGGUUUCCAGAGCCUACUGCAGCUGCAAUUGCCAAUGCUAUGGCUGGAUUAACCGCUGCCUUGGCGGCUCAGGUUAUUUGGACUCCUAUUGAUGUGGUGAGCCAGAGGCUUAUGGUACAGGGGAACCAGUAUAGAUCCUGUAGGUAUAUGAAUGGAAUUGAUGCUUUUAGGAAAAUUUUAAACACUGAUGGGCCUAGAGGUUUGUAUAGAGGUUUUGGAAUAUCUGUAAUGACGUAUGCACCAUCGAAUGCGGUUUGGUGGGCUUCGUACUCUGUCGUUCAGCGACUCGUGUGGGGUGGAGUUGGAUCUUAUUUGUGUAAGAAAGAUGAUGAUGGUGUGGUUGUCAUGAGACCUGAUUCGACAACUGUGAUGGCUGUCCAAGGCGUUAGUGCAGCUAUGGCAGGAGGCGUUUCGGCUUUAGUUACAAUGCCGUUGGAUACAAUUAAGACACGCUUACAGGUUCUUGAUAACAAUGACGAUAACAAUAACAAUGGUAACGGGAGGAAAGGGCCGACGGUUGGGCAGACUGUUAGGAAUUUAGUGAGGGAAGGUGGAUGGAUGGCUUUGUAUAGAGGGUUAGGUCCGCGGUGGGCUUCGAUGUCCAUGUCAGCAACUACCAUGAUCACAACUUAUGAGCUACUUAAAAGGUUGUCAACCAAGAAUCAAGAAAACUUGAUAAGAUGAGUAUGGAAGAAGAAACUCACUUGAAGGUAUCCAUCCUGUAAUUUUCCUUUUGUUAAUUAUGAUGAUGAUGUUGGUUGUUAGAUGUUUGUGAUUAUUACAGGAUUUGUGUGAGUUUUUCUCCAUAUCUUGUUUAUAUUUGAUAGCAUUGAAGAAAGAUCUUUCUUUAAUCAUUCCAUCCA